CUCCCCGCUAAUCCCCACCGCGACGCCACGCACUUAAUCCCCUCUAUUUAUACACCGCACCCACCUCCCAUAGGCCCAGAGAAAAGCGAGACACGCCCCGCCCCGCCCGCCGCAGGUCUCGACGCCGCCGCGGAGAAAGACAUGGAGAGGGACGCCACCGUCUUGUGCCCCGCGCCGCCGCCGCCCCCGACGCAGCCGCAACCGGUGAAGGCUCGCCCUCCUCCUCCUCCUCCUCCUCCUCCUCCUGCGGGCACGGGGAGGGGCGGAGGCGGGAGGCAGUACCGCGGGGUGCGUAUGCGGAAGUGGGGGAAGUGGGUGGCGGAGAUCCGCGAGCCGAACAAGCGGUCGCGGAUCUGGCUCGGGUCCUACUCCACCGCCGUCGCCGCCGCGCGGGCCUACGACACGGCGGUGUUCUACCUCCGCGGCCGCUCCGCGCGGCUCAACUUCCCCGACCAGCUCGACGGCGCGACGGCGGCGGGGGGCGCGGGCGCGGGCGCGGGCGGUGCCGCCGAGGACCACCGGGAGGGGGGCGGCCUCACCGCCGCCGCCAUCCGCAAGAAGGCCGCCGAGGUCGGCGCCCGCGUCGACGCGCAGCACUCCGUCGGCGCGCCCCUGCUCCAGCCGCCGCAGCCCCCGCCGCCCCAGCGCCGCCGGACCAAGAACCCCGACCUCAACCGGGAGCCCACGCCGGACACCUCCGACGACGAGUAGCAAUCCGAGCUGAUUUUGGCCCAUCUUCUUCCAUCUAGUUCGUAGUCCUUAGCCAGCCAAGACAGAGAGCAGUAGUAGCUAGAGCUAGUAGCUAAUAGCGCAGCAGUCAGCGAAGCAGAUAGUGCCAGCCAAGGAAAGAGGCGGUCGUGGACGGGGGCGCAUGCAAGGUGUUCGGCGAAAUGCGAUGAGGCCGGAGAAGCCAGGAGGCAGGGUAUAUCCAAUAAUGGAGCCGCGACGUCGCCGUCAAGCCGGGAGGUGGUCACCAAGCAGGAAUCUAGAAUCAGCUCGGCUACUCCGGCGACGCGACGGCGACGGCGACUGUACUAGGAGAGACACAGGCGGGCCGGUGGCGCGUGUGCGUGCGUGCGUGUGUGCCAGCGUGAGCAUGUAGCUUAAAGCAAGACGGCUAUGUGUACCUCACCUUUUCACAUAAGAGUGCUUUGUAAAGAAAGAUACCGAGCAAUCAAGCAAAAGACCAAAAAAAAAAAAGAGCAGCUUCAAGAAUCUCUCGGAUCAUCAUCGUCGCCAUCUGAUCAUCUCCUUCUUCCUCCUCGUUUGCUUCUUCCCAGCUCUCUGAGUGAAUUAAUUAAUUAGCGUCUUCUGAUGUCCUCCUCCCGUGUCGCUCACCAGCCAGUGAAAAAGAAAGGCGAGAGAGGAUGAGACCGACGGCGACGGCGACGGGCGGCGCGGCGGUGGCGCGAGGGGAUUGGGCGGCGCGGCGAGGCUGCCGUGGGGGGGCGUGCUUCUUGGUCGCCCGGUGAACGAGCGUGACGGCAGCGGCGCGGUGGUGACGGUGAUGAUGGCCGCUGCGUGCGUGCGAGUGCAACACCCGAAUGAAGGCGGCGGGUUUCUGUUUCUUUCUUUUGGUUUUUAUUUUUUUUUUCAUGUUGAUGAGGCCGUGGAGAUGGAUGAUGAGAUGGUUUUAAUGUAUAUUUUAUAGUGGUAGCAUACCCAUUAAAUAAAAAGAUUAAAUAAGAAAGAUGUAACAUCAGUAAAAUUUGCUGGCAAGUUGCCAGAGUCAUUAAAUAAAGAAGUU